AUGCCAAAGAAAAACGCAAAGCAAUCCGACAGUAGUAUUACUGUUGAAACUACUGAGUUUAUGGAUUUAGAUUCCGAUCAUGUUGACGGAACAGAUAAAACGUUUUCUAAUUUAUCCGAAAGUUUAUUUAGAAACGUUGCUGUGAUUCCUGAUGAUAUUGGAAGUGGAGAUGAAUCAAAUAAUGAAAACGAUUCAGCUGACAGUGUUCAGAUUAUUGAAGGACGCAAUUGUCCAGAAGGGUAUCAAAUAGUUGACGAAUCCCUCAUUUCUUCAAAUAAAAAACUAGAACAUUCACAUGAUUGCUUAGGUGUGCAGGCAACGCACAACACGUUGCCCAACUCACCUAGAUUAUUGCGAUUGUUCGUGAAAUUAGUUGCAGCAAAAUCAUCGUCAUCAGCGUCGCCUUCAUCUACAUCAUCUUCAGCAUCGGAGACGUUGUCAUCGUCGUCUACGUCAGCAUCGUCUACGUCUGCCUCAUCUACGUCUACGUCUACCACAUCUGCGUCUGCAACAUCAUCGAUGCCUUCGCUUGACAUUUUACAACAUGAUGAGGCAAUUGAUUUGUCUACUAAGAGAACUGUGCCGAAGAAGCCACAAAUCAAGAGUAGUGAGGCUAUUCGGCGUAGAAUAAUCAUGAUUCCCGCUGAACCGACAACGAGAAAGCCGACUCGCCUCCUCAAGAACCGCCGUGUCGGGUCUCCGAUUAACGUAUCGUUUAUUACCGUAUCUAUAUUGCAAGACGAAUUGUUUAAAGCCAGGCUUUAUCAUGAAAUUUGGACGACAGUGCAUUUUGUUGACAUGAAUGACCUGGUACAUAGUGCAAAACAGCUGAAUAUAAAUAUACAAGAUCUUCAACAUAAAUGUUCCCUAUAUGACUAUUGCAUUCAUGCCCAAUCUUUGAAUUCAAUACGUAACAAAUUUAAGAAAAUUCAACGUGAAAUCUAUUCAUUACUUUCAUUAAGUCACGAGAAGAGAGAAAAAAGAGGGUUAUUUAAUAUAGUUGGCACCGUGCAACAUUAUUUAUUUGGUACUAUGUUAGCAGAUGAUGCUGAGAGAAUCAAUCGAGAUAUAGACCUCGUAUAUAAUAGAACAGGGCGCAUAGCAAUACUCGUAAAUAAUCAAACAGCGAUUAUGCAAAGUACUCUCCGAGAAUUUGUUAAUCUUACUGAUUACUAUGAAAAAAAUUUGAGAACACUGCAACUUUUUUUUCAAAGUACUUUUAGAGUGGCCUUUAAUAACAAUAUGCUGGAAUCUAUAUAUGAUCUAAAUAUACACAUGGAGGACUUAACAGAAAACAUUGUUUUAGUUUAUGACUCAAUUAAUGAUGGAAAAUUGGGGAUUGUGUAUCCAAGAUUAAUAUCCCCAAGAAAUUUCAUGAUCGCUCUGAAUACUAUUUAUAAAAAUUUGUUUUACCCACAAUUACCAUUUCCGUUAAGAGAAAAUUAUUACAUAUUCUACAUGAAACUAAGUAAGAUUAAUGUUAUUAUUUCUGGUACUCGACUCAUAUAUGUAAUUCAUACACCAAUACCAACUGGUGCUGAUUAUACUGUGUAUAAAUUUACACCAAUACCCAUGUCAGGAUGGACACAAUAUUACAUAUUUGACAGCAUUAAAAAUGAGCCUAUUGCUAUUGACUCAACAUUCACAGAGUAUACAGUACUCGACUUAAAUAAUUGUAUUUCUGAUAAUGAUAUUCAAGUAUGCGAAAUAACAUCCGUCAUGCAUAGAUUCGGUAAUGAUGAAAGUUGCUAUGAUUGUUUAAUAAGAUAUAAAGACGAUAAAGGGUGUUCUAGAAAAUAUUUUAAUUUACUAUCUAAAUUUGUAUUAGCAUUAAAUGACGGUUUUAGUUGGUAUAUUUUAUCGGACAACACGUCAGAAAAUAUAAUAAUGAAUUGUGGCAUGUCUUCGAGUAUAGCAAUAUCUGUUACUAAACCUCAUAUAUUCCAACUUGAAUCUAAUUGUAAAGGUUACUCUCAGCAUCAUAAAUAUUUACAUAGAAGUCAUGGUAACAAAACAAAAAUUUCUGAAUAUAAAAUAAACAUUGAUUUUCUACCGAUUGAAAAGAUUGCUCUGAAUACAUUAGACCUAAAACUUCCUGUACUUACAUCUAAGUCCAUUGACAUGUCUGAUAUAUUACAUUCUGCAAAAAAUAUAGAAGAUGUCACGAAAGAGCUGAAAAUCUAUACAUCAAAUUGGCACUAUCGCACAUGGUUAAGUACUGAUCACAGUACUUUUCAUUAUACUAUGUAUACUAUUGCCACAAUUGCAAUACUUUGUAUUUUAUUUAAGCUUCGAGUAUUCCAUUGUAUUUGUAAAAAUUGUGUAUGUGCUUCUAAAGAGUGCGUACUUAGGUUAUGUCCAAAUUGUCUUGCAUUCUGUGAAAGAGGGAGACAAUGUAACUACCGCCCGAUCCGAAAAUAUUCAACCAGUAGUUCGCUAUAA